GUGACCUCUCCCUGGAUCCCGACACCGCCAACCCCUACCUGGUGCUGUCAGAGGACAAGCGGAGCGUGCGGCUCCGCAGUUCCCCCCAGGAGCUGCCUCCCAACCCCAAGAGAUUCGAUUAUUCCUUCUGCGUCCUGGCGGCCGAGGGUUUCCUGACUGGGAGGCAUUACUGGGAGGUGGAGGUGGGCGAUGGGGAGAGCUGGGUGUUGGGAGCAGCUCGAGAAUCCGUCCGCAGGAAGGAAAAAAUCGAUUUUGCCCCAGAAGAAGGAAUUUGGGCCAUUGGCUUAAAUUGGAAAGGGAAAAAUUGGGAUCAAUAUCAAGCUUUUACUUCACCCGAAACACCUUUAUCCCUUUGUGAAAGACCCAGGAAAAUCGGGGUGUACCUGGAUUACGAGGGGGGGUGGGUGGCGUUUUACAACGCCGAGAACAUGGCGCCCAUCUUCACCUUCACCGCCGCCUUCACCGAGAGGAUUUUCCCCUUUUUCUGGCUUUUUUACGUCGGUUCUUCC